UCGUGGAGCAAAAGUCGAGUGCCGAAUUUUGUGUGGCUGUGAAAUUUUAAUUGAAAAACACCUUAAAAAAGUGUCAAACUACACUAAAUACUCAAAGGUUGAAAAAUAUAGUGUGCAGAAAAAAGUGUAACAAUUCAAUUUCGUUGAAAUAUUAAAUAUUUUGCGGUGAAAAAGCUGUGAAAGUGGCCGCGUUUCGGGCCGCCUAUAAAAUUUUUCCUUCAGCAUCGAUGAUUAAAUUAGUGCUCCGCUUAGAAGUCUGUGUGUAAGAAGAGUAUUGCUGUAUUCCGAUCGCCCUUCAUUUCGAGCAGUGUGAGCGAAAUAGUACAACGAAUUAGUAUGAAGUGAACGUUGCUAAUCUUUCGAAAAAACCAAAAGCAGUGCGAAAUAAAAAGAAAAAACACACGCACUAAAAGCUGUCAAGUAAACGUCAAUUGCCCGAUUUUGACAUUUUCAACGUUUGCACUGUCUGAUGUAAAAAAGUUCUGGAAAAAAUAAUUUUUUUCAAAAUACAAGUGAAAACAAAACGGAAAGUUCAAUUAAUUGCAAAAGUUAACUGAACGAGCAAUUAAACGGGCGCAAUCGCUUAUAAAUCAUAACCUUUUUCUGUGAUUUUCUGGCAAAUCCUUAGCUGCGCUCGGGCGCUACUUCUGCUUACAUUUCAUCAGCCACAAUUUUCAGUGCUCCGUUAGGGUUCUGCCAUCGAUUCGCAAAAUGUUAAUAAAUUUAAGAGUAAAAACGCUCGAUGCACAGACGCAUGAUUUUAGUAUUGACAAUGAGCUUACUAUACGGGAAUUUAAGGACAAAAUCGCUGAAAAGACCAAUAUCGCAGCCGACCAACAGCGUAUCAUUUAUUGCGGACGUGUACUUGCUGAUGAGAAACAAUUGAAAGAAUAUGAUGUUGAUGGCAAGGUUGUACAUGUGGCCGAACGCCCACCACCAUCGCAACGUGGUUCCUCGACUUCCAACUCAUUGUCGAACGACACACCGAAUGCACGUGAGCGUCCGGCCAAUCGUGCUGGCAUGCGAAACUCGCCACUGUUUCGAGCAUUGGAUGGCAUGGUCGUCGGCACCAUGGCAAUACCAAUGAACCCUGUACAAAAUAAUAGUCAGCAACCUGUAAAUCCCUUUGCUGCUUCGUCUUCUUUUUGUAUGAAUCGUAUAACAGUGGCUCGACACAUGUUAGAUUGUGCAAACAAUAUUGCGGCUUACUUGGAAGAUCCGGAGAGGGGACUGAAUAAUACCUCUUUGGAUAUACUAGCACGUGGCAGCUGGACAAUGGAAUCGACGGUGGUUGAAGUGGGUUUCACCGCUGCCGAUUUGCCACAAAACCAAAAUAUUGUCGAAAUGGUACAGGACGCUGUAUCUGCAGCCUUGCGUCGUAAUAGUAAUACCAACGUGACUGUCGUGCAAUUACCAACAGUGUUUGGUUCCAAUGAAGGCGAGGGAGGCGCCGCGAUUAGUGCUGAAACAACUGCUGCCAUGGAUGCCAGUGAUGGCGGCGGCGCUGCAGUUGAUGCUGAUGCCGCAGCGGUCAUCAUAGAGGAUGUAAUUGAUGAUCCUUACGAUGGUGUGGGUGCUAAUAUCAGCGUUUCUUCCGAUGCUUCUGGCACAGAUGCUACAAACAAUACUACUACGACUACAAAUCCAGCAUCAGCCGAUACAUCGGCAGUAGAUACGUCGAAUGCGUCUACCAAUACGGCGGGUACAAAUACCGAAGAGAAUGCUUCCCGAAGACGCACCAAUACACGCGUCUUAGCCGAAGUAGUCGAUCAAAUGCGCACCGUGCAAACUCGUAUGAAUCCGUUCAUUCAGCAAUUCUACGAAUUAUUAAAUAACGACCCAACCUUCGAUGAAGAGGAUACAAAUGAACGCGAGAGCGCACAACGUCUAUACAAUCGUGUUUCGGAAGCGCUUCAUUACAUGUCACAUGCUCAACACGCCAUAUCCGAUCUGAUGUUGGACGUAUCACAACCAGCUCCACGGUUUCUCACCUGUCGCCCAAUACUGGUCGAGCAAAGUGGCUAUGUUAGUUCCAAUAAUUAUUUAUCAGCUGCUGCAGCGGCGGCAGCUGCGGCCGCAACUGGCAGCAAUCAAGCGCGUCCGCGUUCGCGUACUUAUAUAACACCACGUUACAACCACCCUGUCACUAUAACAACCAGUUCACCACCGACAACAGCAAGCGGUAAUGGAGUAGCUACGGGUAAUGCUGCCGGUGCUAACACAGCUGGUAAUAAUAGCAACAGUGAUGAAAGCAAUCGCAAUAGCAACAGCACAAGUGCUAGUGGCAGCGGCAGCGGCAGUUCCAUUGAGGAUCCUGUCGAUGAACCGUUGGUCAAUCCCAACAACACUCCAAGUACAGCGGCAGCUACGAACGCAGCCACGCAAAGCAACGAUACUCCACAAGUGCAAAUGUCGCGUCUAAUUCAGGCUAUGGUGAAUUCCGCGCCCAUCAACACUGAACUUCAUGUACAAAUUUUGCCACCCUCGCUACUGAGUGUCGCAGUGAAUGCGCGUGGCAAUAAUGGGAACAAUCAGUCACAGUCAGGAGCUUCAGCAGGAGCAGCACCAGCAGGUUCGGCAACAGCCGCCACCAAUAACGAUACUACAGCGAAUAAUGGCAAUAACAAUGCCAAUACUAAUGGCAAUGCUAGUGGCAGCGCCACCACCAAUAACGAUCGCAACAGCAACGACUCGGCAGCUGCGGGCCUAGCUGCGGCUGCCGGUAAUCGUCCUGUUUCUGCAUCAUUAGCAAUUGGUACUUUGCCAACAACAUCGACACAAACACGUUCAACAUCACGACCCCAACUGCAAAUUGGUGGCAUACCGGCAAAUGGCUGGAAUGGACGCUUUAUACCCGCAAAUAUGAUGUCAUCAUUCGAUCGCUUCCUACCGUGUAAUAGUCAUCACAUUCGCGAACCAGAGAAUGCUAGCAACAAUAGCAACGCAGCUAAUGCGAAUGCGGCGACAAAUAAUUCCAACCCUCAGAUAAUAACCACGAAUACGAUUAAUCCACGGCCAUUGCGUUCACUUGUUGAACUUACGGAUCUGUUGCCACGCGUACGUUCCUCACCCACAGUAGGUGGUUCGUCCUCGUCUACACCGCGCACGAAUGCCACCCCCACCCCACCGCCUACGCUAACACCACGUCUCACGCCAGGCAAUUUCUUCUCUUUGCGCAAUUUAAUAUCUGGUCAAAAUCGCAAUGCAUCAACCACUGCAACAGCACCACCCGCAACCGAGACUUCGGCUACUUCCGGUAGUAACGCUACUAACACAGACACCUAUCGUCGUAAUUUGCGCACCCAGUUACUAAAUUUUGUCAACCAGAGUAUUUUCGCUGGUGGCCCAAUCAAUGAGGAGACAGUACCACCAGCUGUAAAUCGGGCAGUUGACUGGUUUGCUGAGUCACUCGAGCUGCUGCCACAAUAUGAGAGACCAGAAUAUGACUCACGUCAUUCGGUAGCCAAUAUUUUGCGGCACAUGCUACCUCUUUUCAUAGAGAUUGUGCGCGAUGAACAAAGUAAUCCGGCAGCUUUUGAACAGCGUAUUAAGAAAAUUUGCGAAGACUUUGUCAAACGACUUUACAGUGUUUUGAAUGUGUGUGUGGGUCGAAGUAAUGCUGAACUAUACUGGGCACAAUUGAUGCGACUGCUGUUGGUGCCGACGCGAUCAUAUUUCCAAGAUGAAGCUUUACGUUUCUUAAGCAUCUAUAUAAACACAGUUAUUCCAUCCGCAACUGACACAGCUGAUGCACAACAAUUUAUUGUACAUAGAAAUAUACCAAUAUCAUCGGAGCCAGCCAAUAUACCAUUGGAAACUGAUGUGGAGAUGAUAGAAGUGGCGUCAACAUCCGAAGCUAAACCGCACAGUCAAUUUGCAAUAGAUAUAGACGAUGACGAUGAUGAUGAAGACAUAGAAAUCGAAACCAGCCCAGCCGAACCGUUGCCCACUGUUACCGCCGGCUCAGAGUCAUGGCAUAGAAAUUUCCCCAAUGACUGGUUGCCAAUCAUAACCCGUGAUUUAACCAUACAAAGUGCAAAUCCGCCAAGUCAAACUCCAUUCUCGGAUGCGUACAUAUCAGGCAUGUCGGCCAAACGAAGGAAAAUGAUACAAAACAAUAAACCGCCAUCUGACGUGAGCUCGCUAAUCGCUCGAAGUGUACGCAAAGCCAUACAGACUGUUGGACCACGUGCGUCUACGACUGCUGCUUCGGCUGACGGAACGCCUACAGCGGAAGAGCUAACAGAAGCUAUCGCCAACGAUGCUACGGUACAAGCUUCAUAUACGGAAGCGGUGCGCACGAAUGUGCGCGAACGUUUAAAGAAAGACUCCGAUUACAAACCCGAUAAAUAUCCGCAUGCCGCGAAAUUUGUAAACAAGUAGAAUUUGUAGGUUGGUGCUUUUUAGGUAAUGAGCAAACAAAAAAAAAAACAAAAACAACACAAAAACAUGCAUAAAAAAUAUACAUAGCAUGUAUGCAAAAUAUAAGAACCCAAACGAAAGUAAGUUGUAAUAAUAAUAAUAAUGAGAAAAGAUGCGAGAAGAAGCGGUAAUGAGGAGUUGCUGGUACUUGUUAUAAACAAAAAAAAAAAUAUAUAUAUAUCUUGAUUAUGUCUAUAUUUUAUUUUUAUCAGUUUUUUUUAAGUUUAUGCUUUUUUCAUAUUGAUAAAUUAUGCAUUCAGAUGAACACAAUAACAAGAAAAAAAAACAUAGCAGUAGAGGUAAAAAGCAUAUACAUACUAAUCAAAAAAAUUGUACUUUAUACGAUACUAAUAUUAAUAUAAAGAAAAAUACUAAAAAAAUUCACGCAUAUUGAGAAUUAAGGUUAACUAAGGAAGACAUCCAAUAUACAGAGAAGUAAAACAACAGGCGAACAACAACUAUAACAAGAUUCACAUUUAUGUAUAGUGCAUAAAAAAUAAGGCAAAUAAAAUAUGAUCUAAUGCAGUUUUAUGUGCAAGUAAAA